UUUCAAUGGGGGCAAGUUCUCUGCCGUAAUUUUCCUUAUUUAUGUUCACCUAACCUAGUCCGACCUUCUCACGUUAAAGAAAGAAACCCAACAUCGCUUUCCGAUUCUUCCUUCUUUGAUGGGGCAACGUUAUUUGUGGUCGCACUCUCCAUUUUCAUAGCUUUCAUCAUCCUCAAAAGAAACUUUUCAACUUUGGAAGAAACCCAUGUUUUUUUCAGGUCAAACUAGGAUUGUAUGAUUCAAUUUCGUUAAAGCUGUGAUAUUUCGAGAUGGGUUUUACUUGCUUUGGCUCUUUCAAUCCCUGGAAACAGAACAAGACUAGGACGCAAGCUGAAGGAAUCGUUGCCGAUAACGUAAGACUCUUCUCCUACCAAUCAUUGAGAUCAGCCGCAGAAAAUUUUCAUCCAUCUAAUAAAAUUGGUGGAGGAGGCUAUGGAGUUGUUUACAAGGGAAUUCUAAGGGAUGGAACUAAUGUAGCAAUCAAAUCUCUGUCGGCUGAAUCAAAACAAGGGACUAAAGAAUUUCUAACGGAGAUCAGCUUGAUUUCAGAAAUUCGACAUUCAAACCUUGUUCAGUUAUUGGGUUGUUGUAUAGAAGGCAAUAGAAGGAUAUUAGUAUAUGAAUAUCUUGAAAACAACAGCCUUGCUAAUGCUUUACUUGGUUCAAAAGGUAAACGGAUACCUGCACUAGUAGAAUGGCAUAAGAGAGCUGCUAUAUGUUUGGGGACAGCCUCCGGUCUUGUAUUUCUCCACGACGAAUCAAACCCACCGAUUGUUCAUCGAGAUAUAAAGGCUAGCAACAUACUUCUAGACGAAAACUGUCUUCCCAGGAUUGGAGAUUUCGGAUUGGCAAAGCUUUUCCCAGACAAUGUCACCCAUGUCAGCACUCGUGUUGCAGGAACAGUGGGUUACCUAGCUCCAGAAUACGCAUUGCUCGGGCAGCUUACUAAGAAAGCGGAUGUGUAUAGUUUUGGCGUAGUUCUUCUAGAAAUAAUAAGUGGAAAGAGCAGCAGCAAGAAUGCAUUUGGAGAUGAUUUAUUGGUCUUAGUUGAAUGGGCAUGGAAGCUAAGAGAAGAGGGUAGGAUUUUGGAGAUAGUAGAUUCAGAUCUUAAAGAGUAUCCAAAAGAGGAGGUGACUAGGUUCGUUAAGGUAGCAUUGUUUUGCACACAAGCUGCUCCUAACCAAAGACCGAGUAUGAAACAAGUGGUGGAAAUGCUUUCGAGGCCUGAAAUUGUAUUGAAUGAGAAGGCCUUGACAGAACCGGGGAUUUUUAGGGUGGGAGGAUCUGCUGCACAUAACAACGGGUCUUGGGGUAGUGGAAGUUCCGAAAGGAAUUCAUCUAACCGCCGUUUGAAUAAAAAAACCUUUCUAAAUACUCAAGGACAUUCUGAUAAUGAUUCUUCUCAAUAUUUGACAGAAGUUCUUCCAAGGUAAUGUAACACUUAAGGAGAUUAUAAAGAGCAGGAUGAUGAAUCAUAUUUGUAAAUAUUAUUAUUUUCAAUAAUUCUCAUUCUUCCCAUUUCCAAUCUUAUUCAAAUAAAACUUAAAGUUGAAAAAUAUAUUUUUUGUAAUGGGAUUAUAAAGUUCCAAUUCCAAGAUCUUGCUUUCGGUUGGAUUGUUAUUCAUGGGGAUUCUUAAGGUAAGUCUUUAUGAAAUGUGUUGUAAGGAAGUGGAGUUGACAAUUCUUAUAUAAUAUUAAUUCUAAUAAAGUUCUUGCAGCUUGUAAUUGUU